GCCCAGAGGAAGAAAAUGUCCAACGGCAGCUCCAUCGCUGAGUUCCUCCUCCUGGCGUUUGCAGACACGCGGGAGCUGCAGCUCUUGCACUUCUGGCUCUUCCUGGGCAUCUACCUGGCUGCCCUCCUGGCCAACGGCCUCAUCAUCACCGCCGUAGCCUGUGACCACCACCUCCACACACCCAUGUACUUCUUCCUCCUCAACCUCUCCCUCCUCGACCUGGGCUCCAUCUCCACCACUGUCCCCAAAGCCAUGGCCAACUCCCUCUGGGACACCAGGCCCAUCUCCUACCCAGGAUGUGCUGCCCAGGUCUUUCUGUUUGUCUUUUUGAUCUCAGCAGAGUACUUUCUUCUCACUGUCAUGGCCUAUGAUCGCUACGUUGCCAUCUGCAAACCCCUGCACUAUGGGACCCUCCUGGGCAGCAGAGCUUGUGUCCACAUGGCAGCAGCUGCCUGGGGCAGUGGUUUCCUCUAUGCUGUGCUGCACACUGCCAAUACAUUUUCAGUACCCCUCUGCCAAGGCAAUGCUGUGGACCAGUUCUUCUGCGAAAUCCCCCAGAUCCUCAAGCUCUCCUGCUCAGAUGCCUACCUCAGGGAAGUUGGGGUACUUGUAGUUGCUGUCUGUUUAGCUGUUGGGUGUUUUGUUUUCAUUGUACUGUCCUAUGGGCAGAUCUUCAGGGCUGUGCUGAGGAUCCCCUCUGAGCAGGGACAGCACAAAGCCUUUUCCACGUGCCUCCCUCACCUGGCCGUGGUCUCCUUGUUUAUAACUGCUGCCACGUUUGCCUACCUGAAGCCCCCCUCCAUGUCCUCCCCAUCCCUGGACCUGCUGGUGGCAGUUCUGUACUCGGUGGUGCCUCCAGCCUUGAACCCCCUCAUCUACAGCAUGAGAAACCAUGAGAUCAAGGAUGCCCUGAGAAAACUAAUCACUGGGUGCUUUUGAGAAGGAAUAAACUGCCUGUUGUCUUUUGCAUAGGACUCAUAUCUCAUUACAGGCCCAGCCUCCUCUGGUGUUUCUUUUAUGAAGAUUUUUGGUUUUAUGGCUUCUCUAUUUCUUUUGGUUUGGAGUUUGUUGUGUUUUGGGUUUUUUUACUUUUCUGAAUGCUUUCCACAAAAAAUGUCUAUAUUCCUCUGGUUUCUCAUUCACAAUAUAUCCAGAUUUUUUGUGAUCUGGAGGCUGUGCAAAUGAGGAGCUGUACCCUCUGUGAGUUUAAGCAAAAUAAAGGGCCCUGCACUGACUUGUUUUUCUGAGAUCCUUCCUCCAAGACCUUCUCUGCAGCUGCAGGGAGCAGUGCCUGUGUGCAGAGGGGAAGAAGAAAAGAGUCCCGGCACAGCGGCACUGCCAGGGAGCACCAGCGCUUGGUCUUUCCCGAGCUGCUCUCUUCCCACUUGCAUGCUCUCCUUCUGAACCCUUUGGUUGGU